AUGAAUUAUUUUCAUUGUUUUAUCCUUUUAUUAAUACCUUUAGUUUUUUCUUAUCCUCGUUCUAAUUCGGAUGAUUUCAAUCGUUUUCUUGAAAUGUAUCUAAAAGAACGAUCAGGAGAAUUAGAUGAAGGUAAUAAUGAAAGUUCAAAUGAAGAAGUUUUGGUUCGCCGACAAAAACUGUUUAAUGUAUUACCUGUACAACAAUAUCAACCUCAAUUACAACCGAUGUGUCUCCCACAUAUAUGGACAUGUGGACCAGGUCUACCACCAUGUUGUCCAGGUCUUAUGUGUUAUGAUGGCAAUGCAAAACGUGGUCGGCAAUGUGUUGCACGAGGAUAA